UAAGAAAAAAAACCAAAGGGUCAAACAAAAAGGGGGGAGCGUCGAUCGUGCAUCCUCCUCCUUCCGCAGCCCGCAGCCCGCAGCCCGCAGCUGCCCUUUUCAUUUAUAUUAUUCCAGCCACCAGUCGCCUUUUGGGCUUCGGCGCUGCAUUCUUAGCUCUUAAGGAGGAGGAGCUCCAGGACCUGGGAAGUCCAUGGUCAGGAAUUCGGACCGUACGGUCUUAAAUGUGAUUGAUUAUACAUGUAAUAUUUAUGAAAUGGAAAAGAAAAAUGCUUCGUGAUGCCCCGGGCCGGGAACAAGAGCAGCAGCUCUCUUCGCGUCCGCCGCUGGCUCUCUCCGUUGUCUCGAAAAUGAGGCAGAGAUCAAAGAAGCAAAAGGAGCUCUGGCCCAAGAUCGUCCUCAAGAAAUGGCUCAACAUCAGUUCCAGAGACUCCGACUUCAGCGCCGACGAAGGGGACACCACAGAGAGCGAGUUCGAGUACGAAGAAAUGUGUGGUUGGGAGCGUCAAUUGCGUGAUGAGGAGAGGAACUUGGGUGGCUUUGAAGCGGUGACGAAUGAUAACCGCAUUGGAGGCAUUCCGUGCAGGUCACGAAGACGAAAAUCUGAGACCCUUCGUGCGCAAUAUAUAAAUACCAAAGAACUCAGGAUCUGUGUGGGGACAUGGAAUGUCGGGGGAAGACUUCCACCUGAUGACUUAAACAUCAAAGAUUGGCUGGAUAUGGGGGAGCCAGUUGAUAUAUAUGUGCUCGGCUUUCAGGAAGUUGUUCCACUAAAUGCUGGAAAUGUCUUUGGUGCUGAGGACAGUCGUCCUGUUCAAAGAUGGGAACGUAUAAUUCGUGAGACACUAAAUAAAAUUCAACCAGUUAAAGCAAAAUAUAAAUGCUACAGUGAUCCUCCUUCACCAUCAAGAUUCAAACCAUCAGAUGAUGCCCUUGGCAUAGAGGAUGAGAUGUUGUCCGAGUCAGAUAGUGAGAGUGAUCAGGAAAUUCAAUUCCAUGAACAAUCCUUCAAUUUCCAGUUAAACAAAGAUCAGAUUGAUGCAAGAGGAGAUGAUCCAAAAUGCAAUUUAGCACCCCAGUCCCCUUUAAUUGCAGAUCAAAGUGCACAAGGAGAAAAUGUUCACAAGCAAUAUCCCUUGAAUAUAUUUUCCCAUAAUUUGAGUUUUAAGACUCGUGAAGUAACUCCAGAAGCAUUUGUAAGUCAACAAAAGCAGCUUACCAAGACAUUAAGCAGCUCAGAAAUGAUAGGCUUGAUUUGGCCAGAACAACCAUUGGAUAUGUUAUCCCAACACAGUAUGGAUACAUCCAAACCAAAAUCAUUAAACCCAGCUAGAUCAUUUAAAGCAUGCAAUUCAUUCAAACCUCUACAUGGAGACUAUAAUGACUCAUCAGACCCAUUUGUGAUUCCUGUACUAGAUCUGGAAACUGUUGUAAACAGAAAAAAGAGAUCAUCUUUUGUACGGAUUAUAAGCAAGCAAAUGGUUGGAAUUUAUCUUUCAGUAUGGGUCCGCAGAAGCCUCCGGAGACGUAUUCAGAACUUGAAGGUAUCAACUGCUGGAGUAGGUGUCAUGGGCUAUAUAGGCAACAAGGGAUCAAUAUCAGUCAGCAUGUCUAUAUAUCAGACACUUUUUUGCUUUAUAUGUAGUCACCUAACUUCGGGAGAAAAUAAUGGUGAUGAACUUCGAAGGAAUGCUGAUGUGCAAGAAAUUCAAAGGAAAACAUUAUUCAGUUCAGUGCCCAGUGUUGGAAUGCCCAAAACAAUCUUUGAUCAUGAAAUUAUCUGGUUGGGGGAUCUAAAUUACCGCAUCAACUUGUCGUACGAUCGAACUCACAAACUGAUUUCCGGAAAGGAAUGGUCUAAAUUAUUUGAGAAGGACCAGUUGAGACUCGAACUUAAGAAAGGGCGUGCAUUUGAUGGGUGGUCAGAAGGUGUUAUAAACUUUCCUCCUACCUACAAAUACGAGUUAAACUCAGAAAAGUACAUUGGGGAGGAUCCAAAGAGUGGAAGAAGGACCCCUGCGUGGUGUGACCGCAUUCUUUCAUUUGGUAAGGGCAUGAGGCUAUUAGAUUACAGAAGAUUUGAGCUAAGGCUUUCAGAUCACCGUCCUGUCACAGCUGUUUUCAUGGCUGAGGUUGAGGUUUUCUGCCACAGAAAACUUCAGCGAGCUCUCACAUUCACAGAUGCAGAGGUAGAAGAACAAUUGAACUCAGAGGCUGAUAAUGGAGAAACUGGUUGGGCGUAGGAGAGGUUAGUUCCCAGCAUUAAAAAAAAAAAAAGGGAAGGAAGCAUGCUAAUCCAAUUUAUCAUGAUGGAAAUGUCUAUAAUAACCAAGUACUCCUGUCAAUUUCGGAAGGCAUAAUGAUGCAUUGCCAAGGAACUGAAACAGCAGACUUCACAACCGAGAAUGAUUUUUUCUUUUGCCAAAAAUGGAAGUGCAGGAAAAGGGAUGUAAAGAAAGACAAAGUUAAUUAUCUAUUAUGUAAAUUAUCUAACAAUAUGUAUGGUGUGUCAAGGAUGAGACCUAGAAAUUGGGCGGUUUCUGGCUUAUUUUAGGCGGCAUCCGUCGGGACGGAGACCCUUCCUCUGGGGGUUGCUUAGGUGGGGGCAAGCAAACAACUGUGGCAUCCAUCCCUGAUGGCUGCCUGUCCGGACAAGGCAUUUGUUUGCGUCCUUCUUUCCGUCAUUGUCUUUCUUUCUUUAUGAGAGCCAACAGACUUCUCAAUUGUGUUAUGUUUGC